GUUACUGGUGUAAGAUAAAAGGGGGAUGGUAGAUAUAUAAAAAAAAAUAAUAUAUUAACCCCGUGACAUGCAGUUUCUUUAACGUGUAUGUGUCCCACGUCAGGAACGUUGUCGUUGACGGUCGUAUAUAUGUCAGAUCGUAAUGUCAAUUCCCCAUAUAUUUAGAGAAUUGAGUGUUAAGAGCAGAUCUUUGAUUGUUUCUGUUGAAUUUAAAUAUAUUUUUCAUGGAAUCGAGACAAUUAAGAGCGAGACAUAUUGACAAUGUGUGGUGAUCUGUCUAUUUGUCGAAGACUAUAUGUCUGCAUCAAGAUGGUCUUUUUUGGUUCUUUCUGUCGUAGGGCUGCUGUUCCAUAAAACAUGGUAUAACCCACACCAGUCUGAUUCUCCUUCUAUUUCACACUUAAUUUUCCGUGUAUACUGCUGGCUGAAAAAAAAAAUAUAAAUCUGAUAGCACUUUUGUGACUUAUUGUUAGAACAUCUGUCUGUUGUUGAAGAUUACACGUCUGCUUCUAGAUGUCUUUUUGGUUAUUUCUGUUUUUGGGUUGCUGUCUCAUUGACGUUUACCUCACAUCUCCUUUCAUUCAAUGCAGCACUUAAUUUUCCGUGUGCACUGAUGGCUGAAAAAAAAAUUAUUAUAUAAAUCUGAUAGGCUAAGCACUGUCAGUUUUUCUUUGUAUCAAGUAUAGUGGAUUGAGUUGAUUGUUUUCUGCUUAACGUCCAGUGGCAAAUGUUGCAUGCAUAUUAAAGCCAUUGUGUCAGAUAAUCAAAUCGUGAAGAUAUUGCAUAUGUGUCUAGUCUACUUAAACAUUUGCUUUUUUUGUGUAUUUUCGGAGUGAAGAAAGAAAGAAUUCUGCAGAACCGCAGACACGCACGUGCUUCGAAUGUGUUUUCUGGAAUAAAACCACUACGCAAUUUUAAGCAUUUACAGCUAAUUUGUCUUAAGUUCAAAUAAAGUGGCAGUCAUUUCAUAGCAAAAAUAUUUUAUCCUGACCUGACUGUGCAGGAAAACUCAACAUAUCUUUAAUUGCAUAAAAGAGCGCACUGCAUGGUUCCCGAUAAACUGGUCCGCCAUUCCAUCUAAAGCUUCGCACAGUUAGUGUAGCGAUAAGUGAACACAACAGGGGUCCAGUUUAGGUGCCCGAAAGUUGGGUAGUAAAAAAACAGGUUCUUCUGAUCCGAGCAACAAGGCAAAUAUGUCCCCUAUCAUAAUUAUUUCAUAUUUAUUUUAUUAUUCAUGAGAAAUUUUCAUCAAGGGUUAUACAGUGAUCCCAUGACGUAGAGCCUUUCAUUUGAUAUCAAUUUUUUAUCCAAUUUCUUUUACUUUUGGACAAAGUUACACUACUAUGCGUAGGAACUAUUUUGUUUAACAUUCGUACUACUUUCUAGUAUGUUCUAGCAGAGACAUAUAUACAUAUAUACACAUGUGUAAAUAUGUCUCUGGUUCUAGUAUGACCCUAAUUAUAUACCUUCGGGGUGUCGGGGGAAACCAAUAAGACUUAUUCCUAAUUUUACGGAUUCAAUCAAUUUAAAAAAUCCCCGCCAAAUCAUCUCCCUUUCUUUAGCUCUUCAUUGCUAGCUACAGACAAUAAUGCAUUUUGAGAAGAAUGACUAAUUUAUUAUCGUAGAUCUCUUGUUAUUUUUAGAACAAUUUUCUGGUAACAUAUGCAUAAUUUAAGAAAAGGAACAUAUGAUACAUUGCAGUGAAAUCUAGGAUUGUUCAAAAUUUAAGAAACCAUGAGAGAACCUCUGUUAUAGGAUGAGGAUCUCAGAUCUGAUGAAGACAUGGACAGGAAGACUUCUAAAUCAUCUACAAAGUCACAACAGUCCAGAUAUUAUAACAUGACCUAUCAGAGUAACUAUGGAGGAGAAAGUCAACCCUUACCUACUUGGAAAACAUAUUUAUACACACUACAGCUACAAGCCCCUAAACCAAAGGUUAUACCAUGCCAAAGGGAGGUACCAACCAGACCACCAUUUUACCAAAAAGAAUACCAUGGUAACAUAAGUCGAGAAGAGGCUGACCGUUUGCUGUGUCAGGGUGAUGGUUCAUAUCUAGUCAGGAAAAGUGAAAGAGCACAUGAUGCGUAUACUUUAGCUAUUAGCUUUGAAGGACAAACCAAAAACUUUAAAUUAUUUAAUGAUGGUCAGCAUUAUGUUGGAGAAAAACGUUUUGAUACAGUACACGAUUUAGUAGCUGAUGGACUUAUUCACUUCUAUGUGGAAGCUAAAGCUUCAGACUAUAUAUCAAAACUUUCUAAUGAAUCAAAUUAUGCUGAGUCACCAUAUCUGGCUUACACUGCCAAGAAAAAGCGACUUCAUCUUUCAGACAAAAAUCGUAAAACUGUACUUCGACAUCCAGGUGACCAGCCUGAUGGGGAGAAAAGAAUCUCAAAUGGAUCUGCAACAAAUGGUGCCGUGGUUGAUGAUGAUCUAGAGACAGAAGAACUGAAUGCAAAUGUCCAUGAGUAUGAAAAGCCUCAUAUGUUUAAGACAACUAAUUUUAUUGGAUUGAACUGGUGUGAUUAUUGUGCCAACUUUAUGUGGGGAUUGAUAGCACAAGGUGUCAAAUGUCAAGAUUGUGGUUUUAGUGCUCACAAAAAAUGUUCAGAGAAAGUCCCAAAUGAUUGUAUGCCAGAUAUUAAAUUUGUAAAGAAUCUUUAUGGUGCUGAUUUGACGACUGCUGUGAAGUUACGCAAUACUCCCUUACCCAUUGUUGUUACAAAAUGCAUUAAAGAAAUAGAAAGUCGAGGUUUGGAACAUGAAGGCUUAUACAGAAUAGCUGGAUUACAUGACGAAGUGGAAACUAUCAGAAUGGAAUUUGAUAAAGAUCUUGAAAAGACAGAUAUUAGUGAAGCCAAAUAUGAUGACAUCCACAGUUUAACCAGUGUACUAAAACUAUAUUUCCGUCUUUUACCCAUACCACUAGUUACAUUUGAUGCUUAUAAAAUUUUACUGGAAGCAAUAAAAUAUUGUGAUUUAAGAAGUCAAGAACAGUUGGCUAAAGUUAGAGAAGCUUUGUCUAAACUACCUCCUGCCCAUUAUCAAACUCUGAGAUAUUUAUUGGCACACCUUGUCAGAGUAACAGAGAAAAAACCAAAGAAUAUGAUGGGACCUGACAAUCUAGCAAUAGUAUUUGCUCCAACUCUAAUGAGAAGUCCAGAGGCAGAUCCAUUUGUCAGUUUACUGUCAGCUGGCCACGAACAAAGAUCAAUAGAAGUCAUGAUAUCAUGUUACAGAGACUUGUUUGGAAGAAUUAGUGCACAACAAAGUGUUACAGAACAAAGACUGGUAGAUCAUGUGUAGGAUUUCAUACAGUUCAAAACAAGGAACUACUCAUGUGUAACAGUUCAUGCAAUACUCUGUUCAUACAGUUCACAGCAUGUGGAUCGGGUUAUGGUCAUACAAUUAUCUUUGUUGUUACUAAAUUAUGUAACAAGAUAUAUCGCAUCAUAUGACAUAGAUAAUGUAUCACUCCAUAUUUAAAUUAACAAGGUCAAAGUGCCAUAUGUCAAUGAUUUAGAUUAUUUUACCACCUGCUUAUGAUGUAUAGUGAUUGUUGUAUCUGUUUGUCACCAUUUUCUUGUCGGUCUACAAUUUUUAUCAGCAUCUACCAACUAGAGUCUAGAUUUCAUUGGGAAUUCAUUGAAAAUUUCAACAUAUUAAGAACCAAAUGGUAUUUUGCAUCUAUCUUUAUUUAUCUAUUUACUAAUAUAAUUUCUACGAUUUCAAUUCAGUACAGUAAAUCAUGAAUAAUGCCAUAGUUAAUUCUAAGUUCUGAUCACAGCUUUUUUUCUAUCAUUAGUACUUGUUUCUUUUUCUAACAUGAUCAAAUUCUUUUUUUUUUCUUUUCUGUUUUUUAUUUUAGAUUGACAGAGUAAGGCAUAAAAGAUUCGAAAUCACAGUUCAAACUUGAGUGGGAUAAUUUAUUUUAAUUGAUAAGUUUGAAAAAAACUGAAGUUUGGCCAUAUAGCUCCUAACAUUGGUAUGUUUAAACAUCCCUGGUUCUCAAAUGGUUGGAUUUGAGUGCUCCUUGUGAAGGUGAAAUUCAAUUAUGUGCGUCAGAAGCACAAAAUGUAUAAAGUGUUCCUUCCAUUUACAAAUAGAAUAAUUAGACCAAGCAUUGAUGACAAAGACAUUUUACGAACUUAUGGACAACGAGGUGAUACAAUAACUUUUUUUCUAUUAAGUAUUUAAUGUAAAUCAACUAGCAUUGCCAAAUUUAAGUUACAUAUGACUUGCAUUACAUGUAAAUUAAAAAAAAAGAUAAACUUUACAGCAUUAUUUUUAGACCAAGAAUUGUUCACUCAUUUUAGCAAAGAUCAUAUAAUCCAUGUAUCAGCAUUUUCCUUUUUUGUCUUCAGACCAUGUGAGAAACUUUACUGAAAGAAAGUAUUUUGUUUUGUUUAAGAUGGAUAAGGAUUAUGUUGGAAAAGUUUUCAGUUAAAGCCGUUUCAUUAUUCACAUUCUUCACAUGAAAGAAACCAUGAAACCAAAUAUAUUGAUUGUUACAUAAAGACUGCAAUUGACCACAAAAUUAUUUUUAAUGGAUGGUCUAUCCUCCUUUAUACAUUUCUUUCUAUCAUUUUAACAGGUUUAAUGCAUUUUCCUUCUGUGGAAUAUAUCCUUAAUUCAAAAUAAAGUCACUAAUUUAUGGUUUAAAUCAUUUUUGUUGAAAAAUUACACUAUUUGACCUCAAGUUUGGUAAUGGUUCAGAUACCUCCAGUUACUUUAAGAUUAAAUCAUGAACAUUUUAAAAUCGUUCAUAUUGUGUACCCUGCUUUUGAUACAAUUUUUUAUAGAACAUGUCUAGAUACAAUGUGUUCAAACUCUGGAAUAAGGCUUGAAAUCAGCCUAAUGUUAUCAUAGGAUAAUUUGGCUGAUUUUGUCAAGUUGCUAAUGAGAACUUCCACUUAAAUCAUUCUUGGACUAUGUGCUAUCUAUUAAAUUUACUUUUAAUAAUUUGAUCUUUAUAGAUAAAGGAAACUAUAUUACACAAUGAAUAGAUGAUACACUAAUUAUAGCAGUUUAUAUAUUUGUUUAAAGUUCAGUUUUUGCAUGAAUGAGUAUAAAAUACAGUAUUUUAGUGUAUUAUCCCUUAAUAGACAUUUGUUACAUUAUAUUGUAAGGUCGGGUGAAUGCAUCAUGUAUAUUGAUUAUAUAUUUACAAUUAACUUGUAACCUUGACAACUUACAAGUGUAGCUGAAUCCUUUAAGUAAACAUUUUGAUGCUGUUAAUUAUUAUAAACAUAAGAAGGACUAUUAUUUCCCUGUAAUUUGACCUUUGAUAUGAUAAUUUUGUCAUUCUUAAUAUAUGAAACAAAUAUGCGUUUACACACUACAAAACUGAAUAUAGUUUUACGACAAAUGAUUUCUGUGUUAACAUAUGUUUUUUUCCUUUUCCAUCAGAAAAGAAUUUAUGUGAAUUAUAUGCAAUAAAAGGAUAUUUUAAAUUCAGAUAUUGAUACAAUGUUUUAUAAAAGAAAAAUGCAACAUGAUGAAAAUUACAUCCUAAAUUUUUGCUGUAAUAAUUUAUUAUUCAGUGAAAUUAGAUAAUUGACAAGCAAUUAUCCUUACCCAAUUUCUCUUUUACUGUGUUUUAAAAAAACAACUAUUAAAACAUUGCUAAGAUUCUCUUGUGACAGCACCCCAGUUUCUUUUAUAAAACAAAAUCUCAUUAACAUGAAAAGUUGUAAUAACUGCAUUCUAGGUCUAUUUUUCUUGCUAAGAUCAGAAGAUUGAAGACAAUUAAGUAUUGUUUUAAAUUGCAAAUUAGCAAAAAUCUUUUUGAUUUGCUUCAUUCGGUGAUACAAUCAAGAAUAAGUUUUUUUUAAAUGGCAGCUUUUCUCAGGGUUUUGUAGCAAUAGUUCAUAUUUGGUUUAGCAGAAUUAUCUAGAAUGGUAUCUGAUCAUUGUUAUGAUAGUAACAUUGUAUUAUAUGAUAUUGCUUAAUUGAAUUGCUUUUCUUUAGAUUUGCUUUUACAUUAUUUAAGUUCCAAAAUAAACUUCUGCUGUUGUCUGUUCUAUGGUCGGGUUGUUGUCUCUUUGACACAUUCCCCAUUUCCAUUCUCAAUUUUAUUCAAGACUUGAAAUUAUAGAAUUUAUGUUUUAUUAAAUUUCUUAUAAAAUAUGUUUUUACUUUUUGCAUAAUUUUGCAUAAUGUCAUCAGAAUAGUAACAAGUCUGUAUUAUGAUAGUAAUGUGUUUACAACAGUAACAAAAUGCAUGCUUAGUUUUUACCAGAGCACUUUGAAAUUGGUUAUUGUUUGGUUUGAAAAUUCACAUCUGGCGUAUUAUUUUCCCCUAUUUAGCAAUGCCCCUCAUAAUUUAUUAGUUUAUCAUAGGUUUUCUAAGCUUAGUCUUUAAAAGUACCUAGUUUUAAGAAAAUUUUAUCAUGUUUUCCAUUUCAUCUUGCUCUUUGUAAUUUUGAAACAUAACACACAUUGUGUGUUUCCUAAACAAUAGUAUUAAAACCCACAUCACUAAUGUCCAGUUCCCCAGCAUUAUUUAUUUUAUGUCUAAUAUAUCCAUUAAUCUUAUUUAAAUUUGAUGGCCAUUUCUACUUACAUAUUUGAUAUUGACUUGUUUUAUAUUUUUUAUACGACCGCAAAAAAAUUUUGUGGUCGUAUAUUGUUGAAGGAUGUAAUACCAAUUUUUUGUUGUUUGAUUUUAUUUUUUAUUCCAUAUCAAAGGUAGUGGACAGAGCUUGGAGAGGGACAAAGGUUUGGGUUUGGCCUCCUCCAUUAUCAGUCCAAAAAUGUUGAAAAGUUGUAAUUAAAUUGUAAGCUUCUAUAUGUUGGCCUGUUUGAUUCACUUGUUUCAUUAAGCCUGCUAUCUUUUUUUGCUUCUUUUUCUAAAGUUUUUAUUGAUAUUGUUAAGCAUAUUGAUUUUAAAAGGGGGUGGCAAUGAGGACUGGAUUACUCAUCUAGAGAUCAAGUACUGGAGUGAAAAUUUCAAACUCUGAUGCUCGAAUAAAUUAUUUUUGACAUUACCCCUUGAUAAAAAUUUUAAGCUGAGUUUUCAUCUUUUGAAACUGCUUCUUUAUCGUAAGAUGAAGAGUGUUCAUUAUUACAGCAAGAAAAUCAGCACUAUAAAACAACAGUUAAAAUGCCGCACCAAAAUCGGCUGUCUUGAUCUAUUUCAAAGAUUGUCAUAUGAAAAUACAGAUAACUGAACUCUACUGUGUGACAAUGAAUGAACACAGAGGUACUACAGUAUAUAUUUGCACAAGAAAAUGAAUACAUGAGAAAGUUUACAUCCUUCAUAUGUUAGCUAAGAAUUCAAGUACUUGCCCAAAUUUGAAUAGAGUACUUGAGUGUUGAUUCCACAGAAAAUUGCCAUCCUUGAAUUUAAUGUAGCAGAUAUUUGUUGAACUAAAGUUUGCAAUGCACAACAUUUGUGGAAGAUUUUUAUAAAGUGCAAUAUAUUAUUCCAUAAAUAAAGAGCAUUUGCAAAAAUCAUGUUUAUAAAUUAUCUAUAAAGGGAUUCAAUUUCAAUCCCAAUUAAUAUUGUUUCUACUCAAAUUCAUAAACUUUUGUUAUUUUUUUUAUUAGUGUGAAAAUUGCAAUAAAAAUGGUAUAGCAUAAAUAAAAACUCAAAUUUUAAUGAUUUUGAUAGCAUCAUUUGUAUGCAGAAUUUACUGAAAUGACAAUAAUUUAUCUCACAGUUUUAUACUUUCUUCUAAAAUCCCAUUAAUAGAUGCACACAACAUUUUCUAAAUUUACAGUAUUUGAUAAAGAAAAAGACCUCUUAUGAAAGAUUUUACAUUGACAGUAUUUAUUAAAAGUUUUCCAGCUACUUAAAAAAUAAGUAGGAGUUUUGCUCCAUAGGAAAUGUGUUUACAGUAGUUAAUUUUUACAAGGUCCUCAUGUAAUCAACUAGUUAGUAUUAUAUAUAAAUAGGGAAACAUGAGUUGGUAAGGAUUGGGGAGACAAAAUCUAUUUAAUACUAUGAUCAAGAUAAAUACAAAUAACCUGUCUUGGAAUUUUACUGACACUUUGCACAAUUAUAUCUUGUUAAGUCACUUGUUGUAUUAUUUGUCACAGUAUGAUUCCAAGAUAAGUUAUAUUUUAAUUAUCAUUUGUGAUACAAGAAGGUAAAUGGUAAAAAAAAAUAUUUUUAAUUUUUUUGUAUUUUUGAUUAAAAAGAUGGUAAUAUUCUGCUCCCUAGCAAAAGUCUUUCUUUUAAAAGAGAUUUUGACAGAGCUUAACCCAUGUAGAGGAAGAAAUUUUCAUAUAUAAACAUAGCCUGUUAUUAUUAUCAGAUAGCUAUAUAUGCAUUUGUUUUCAAUUAGCAUGUAAAAAAAAUUCAUUUGUAAUUUUGAAAAAGAUUUAUUUAGUGUUGUAUGCUUUUCACCAUAUUGCUUUUUCACUUUCUGACUAUAGACUAGUUCGUCUUCAAUAAUAUUAGAUGGAAUAUGGUGAAAUAUAUUGAUUGUGAAGAAUAUAAGUAUUUUUUAAUGAAACACUAGAGGGUAUGUAAGUGCGCUAAAUCAUUGCAAUUUUCCUGAUCUUUAUUUUAAAGAAAAUUCACAAAAUGAGUUCAGAAGAAAUAAAAUCAGUUUCGCUUCAGUUUUUCACUAUUUGUCUCUUUUUGAAAGAAAAGGCCCCAUGACACAAAUAAUGUAAACAUCAAAAUGACAUUUAGGAAACAUACCAUGGUAUGGUAUGUUAAGAAUCUUUUCUGAAAUAUUGCAGUACAUGAAGAAAAUGUUUCUAGUGUUUUAUUAAUCCUCUAUUAAACACAUUCAAUGAAUAGCCAAUAUUCAUGGUAUGUACAUUUAUUCAAAUACACUCAAGCACUUAAAUACAGAUUUUUAACUAGUUGACUGUUUUGAUCUGAACUGAUUUCAAAUCAUGAACAAAAAUGAUACUAGUAGUCAAUUUCAGUCUUUCAGUUUAAAAGUCUGAACAAUAAAUUAGAUACUAGUAUCAUUUUCAGUCUUUCAGUUUAUUUUCAGACUUUUUCAUUGCAGUUAAUUUAGUACUAAAUAGACACCAUGUUUUUAUGUGAAUUAGUUUUGUUGUAUAUGUUCAAAGUUUUAAGUAGCUGUUGUUAACCUGUGCUAAGGGAUAUCUACAUGUACUGAAAUUUUGUAACAUAACAGAUCUCAAUUGACUGGAACUGAAAUGUCAAAGCAAUAUUUAGUUUUGUGCAUGGAAAAUGUCUGAAUUCAGAUGCAUUUACCACUGUAAAGUCAGGCAUUUCAGAUCAUGUUUAAAUCAAAAUGUCUUCUUCAGUCAAAAGUUCAUUUUCUUUUGAAUGCUAAUGAUAGAUCUGUUACUUUUGUCACAUGUUCAGUUUACUCACUGUAGAUUAUUUAUAUAUUUUGUGUUGUUGACUUUUUUUUCUGUACCGAACAAAACAAUUUGCUUUUCUAAAGAUCGUUUAACAUUGAUUUAUUAUUUCCUUUAAGGGAAAACAGGAUUUAAGUAAACGUCUUUCAUGCUGUAAUAUUUGGUAAUUUUUCAGUUUAUUGCUGUUAUGUAAACAUAUUUACCCUGCAAACGCCACUUUUCAGGGGCAUUUCAUAUUUUGGACGUGAAUAUGCAUUUGAUAUUAACCACUUAAGUAAAAUCAAUAGCAAUCUGGUAAUGAACAAAAAAAAUAGUAAUUUUGUUGUCAACCUUCAUAAGAUAUUGGAAAAAUUAAACCAUAAUUCCUUCAUUCUUGAACACCUUAUUCCUUCAGAAAUUUGUGUUAGGUUCUUUCACCAAGGACUGAUCUGAGGUAUUGAAUAUUUGAGGAGAAAAUAAAUCCAUGUUGUUUUGUUUUGAACACUUCAAUUAUAGAGAAUUGAUGGCAAUUUAAUUACCCAACUUUAUUGUUCAAAGACAGGUCUGAGGUAUUUUUAAUAGUACAAUUACUUUUUUGGACAAAUUAGUGCAACUUAAAAGCUUAUCCCUUUAACUGGGGAAUAAUUUCAUAUAAACAGAUAUGAUAGACUUACAUCGACUUAUUUGCAUUUGAAGCUUGUCGUAACUCACUUGGGUCAAAUGAUAGUUUAGAUCUGCCAAACAAUGUUGGUUCAUUUAUAUUUGUGGUUUAACAAAUCUUUGUUGAUUUCGUAGGUAGAACAAAACUACGAAUUUGAAAAGACUGAAAUACAGAUUUUUAGUUGCCAUGAAAAAAGCAAAUGAUAAAACCUCAAAUUUAGGUACCCUCAAAAUUAUGUUUUUUCUCCAACCACAAAAACUUAUACCAAUGGAAUAAAUGAAUGAAAAGUCCCCAAUAUAAGUUUCCAAAUAAACUCAUCAUAUAUUUUUCUUUUUCCUAUAUCCAGUAACAAAGUUUAUAUGUAAUUGUUUGAGCAUUUAAACAAUCCAUUUUCCCUUUGUUCUACACAUAGCUUAAUAUUUGUCUGGUCUGCAACAAGAAUAGUGAAAGCAAGUCCAAAGCCUGCUGUGUUGUCAACUUCAAUAAUUGUUAAAGUUUGUGAUGAGGUAAAAAAUUAGACAUAUCUGUGUUAAAACUUUAUGCUUCUUCUGUAGUUUAAAUGCUUUUGCUGUUGUUUUGAUACUGUUGCCAGUAAUCCAGUAUUCUGUGUUCUCUUUUAAAAGACUUUGUCGAUUAUGUAGAGAUACAUAUAUCAGUAUCUCGGAUAUGCAUUUUCUUUAUGUGUACAACACUUCUAUUACAUUAUCGAAAAAAAAAAUGACAAUUGGUCUCUGGUGGAAAGUUGUCUCAUUGACAAUCAUAAUACAUCUUAUUCUUAUAUUGUAUGAUUUAAACUUAUAAGAUAGUGACAAGGAAAGAGUUUUUCUGAUGAAACAAACUUUAAAAAAUACCUAUUCUAAAUGGUAUUUGACAAUUUGUAAUAAAGAAGCAGCAAGCAUUCUUUUAUUUAAUGAUGUCUCAUAUUUCAUUCACUAAAACAAACUUGUAUGUUCUUCUUUUCCCCUCCAAACAAGUUUUGAGGAUACUUUUAAAAGAUUUGUUGCAAUAGGUUUCAUGGAUUUAAAAAAACAAUAUAGUCUUAAGAUCACAGAUACUUGUCUCAGAAAAAAAAAGUGCCUGUGUUAUAUUAAGGUAUAUAGGAAUUCUUUUGUUGAGACAAGUGCCUGUGCUUAAGAUAUAUACUUAGAUACUUUAUAGGUGUGUAUGAUUUUCAUUAAAUGCAAUGUUAUCAAUUUGGAAUUGAAUACAAGAGAAACUCUGAAACUGAACAAGGAGAAUGCAUUUAAAAACAUUAGAAAAAUACAUAAAUGAAUAAAUUUCUUCAUGAAUUUAUAGCUUUUGUAUUUUCGGCUAUUGCAACAUCACAUUGUGCUGGUCAUGAUGUUAUGAAAAUACAAUGAUAUUCCUAAAUGUAUAAUGCAUGUAAAGAUAUAAUUGAUGUACGUCUUUUUUUGCUCUACAAUGAAAGAAACAUUUAUGCUUUCAUUUAUUUGUGGAUUUAUACCUUAAUUAUUAUUGUUGUUAUAUAAGUACCAAAUACAUAUGAUAUUGUGGAAGUUAAUUGUUUUGUAAUAAUAAAAUUUCAUUUUCA